AUGAUACAAAGUGAAAGCAAUGAUCACAUACAGAUGACUAGAGAUAUGGCAGCAUUACAGAGUCACAUACAUGGCGAUCUGCUAGAAACGAAAUCGCUCGCUAAAGAGAAUUAUCGAAUGGCUACAGCCUUUUCAGAAAAAUUGGAUGCUGUUCAAGAGACAGUAUCAAGAGAAAUGAAUGAACAGCAACAAGAAACACUGCGAUGUAUUGAACAAAAGAUUACAGAACUUAUGUCCCACCAAAGAGGCCGACAACUUCAACAUGAUGUUGAUGCAAACAUCAAUAUCAAUAGCGAAAGGCCGGAAAAUUCCACCGAAGCCCAGGACGUUAUUGUAAGUAACAUCAAUGAUAUUUUGAAAGAAAUACGCCCUGACGCAAUGGAAGACAGCGAUAAUACUGACGCAAUUAUGCAAAGAGUGAAUGAACUUUUAACGCGAUAUGGAGGCAGUGACUACGAACUAACGAAAUCGUUGUUAGAACUUAUCAAAGAAAUCAUACGGCAUGGGCACAUUCAGCAGGCAAGAAAGGGCAGCAUAAAGCUAACUGUUAGAUUCACAUCCUACACAGGAUUGUUAAGUUUUGUGCAAUACCUGAACAGUGAACAAUUUCAGGAUCGCUUGAAUGGUAUAUCUAGAGCACUGAAGAAAAGAACAGGGCAUGUUGUAACAUUGUCAGCUUGCAUUGCUCAGGAAAGUCUGUAUGAUCUACAUAAGCAUUUGGAAGAAGAAUGCAAAAACCUUAAGUGUAUCAGAUCAGUGGUACUUCCGGUGCAAUGUAAAGGUAUUAUAGACCUCAACCAUAUCUGGAAAUUGUUACAGAUGGGUGGUGCUGACAGGCAUUUGGAACGGCUGUCAGAAAUUCUGACAAAAAUCGUUGGAGGGAAAGUUACACUCACAACUUCCGUUAACUUAAAGCAAUUUGAACAAGCAUUGUUAGAAACUGAACAAGACUUAGUGAUAGACUUUCAUCAAGAUGAGAAAACUAAGAAAAGAGAAAAAAGUUCAGUAGAUGGUAAGACAUAUAAGUUUUAA